CCACACUUCCCUUCUACAGUGAGUCCAGCGGCUGACCACCAGUUACCAGUCAUCAGGGAGCGUUUCACUGGAAGAGCGUCACCAUGCCUAAAGUCGCAGUCCCAGGUCAAGAGAAGACCGAUGACAAGAUGCGGGCCUUCGCGGAGAAGGUCUUUGCGUCUGAGACCAAAGAUGAGAACAUCCGCGAUGAGAUCUCUAUGUUUGACGUGGCUGACGACUGUCCCAUCCUCCACGAAGAGAUGGCCCACCAUCUGCAGUAUGAGGAUGACGCUGAGAAACGCAAGAGGCACCAGCGCAGCUGCACCAUGGCUGUGUCCGUGGCCGGUGCCAAGGCAACCACUGCCACUGUAGUGUCAGUGGAGGUGGACACACCCACCUACCUGGAGGUGCCCGACUUCCAGAGAGUGGCCAUCAUUGGAGACUACGCCUCCGGGGUGACCAUGGAUGACUUUGAGUUGUCCUGUAAGGGUCUGUACCGCGCCCUGACCAUCAGAGAGAAGUACAUGAGGCUGGCCUUCCAACGCUUCCCAAACACGGCCUCUCAGUACCUGCGUGAGAUCGAGGGAGAGACCUUCAAAGUUGAAGAUCAGGUACAGCCAGUCUUCACAGCUCCUCCAGCCAAUGGGGAAGACCCAUUUGAAACCAAAGACCUGCCUAAGAAUCUGGGAUAUGUGGCUCGUAUGAAGGAUGGUGUUAUCUACGUGUACAACGACGCUGCAGCUGCUGACAAACAUCAGCCCAAAGACCUGCCCUGCCCCGACUACGACACCUUCAUCGAUGACAUGAACUUCCUCAUUGCUCUCAUUGCUCAGGGUCCGACUAAGACUUAUACUCAUCGCCGUCUGAAGUUCCUCAUGUCUAAGUUCAACGUGCACGAGAUGCUGAAUGAGAUGGAGGAGAUGAAGGAGCUGAAGAUGAACCCUCACAGGGACUUCUACAACUGCAGGAAGGUGGACACUCACAUCCACGCUGCUGCCUGCAUGAACCAGAAACACCUGCUGCGUUUCAUCAAGAGGUCAUACCGUGUGGACGCCGACCGUGUGGUGCACAAGCUGCAGGGCAGAGAGGUCACCAUGAAGGAGCUGUUCCAGUCCCUCAACCUGCACCCUUAUGACCUCACUGUGGACUCCCUGGAUGUGCACGCUGGAAGACAAACCUUCCAGCGUUUUGAUAAGUUCAACGCCAAAUACAACCCUGUGGGAGCCAGCGAGCUGCGUGAUCUCUACAUGAAGACAGAGAACCACAUCAACGGAGAGUACUUUGCCACCAUCAUCAAGGAAGUAGCCAGUGACCUGGAGGAUGCCAAGUAUCAGUAUGCUGAGCCUCGUCUGUCCAUCUACGGCUGCAACCCCAGCGAGUGGCACAAACUGUCCGGCUGGUUCGUCAAACACAGAGUCUACUGCCCAAACCUCAAAUGGAUGAUUCAAGUCCCCAGGAUCUACGACAUCUUCAGAGGCAGGGACUUUGUGCCCCACUUUGGAAAGAUGUUGGAGAACAUUUUCCUGCCCGUGUUUCAGGCCACCAUCGACCCACACUCCAACCCUGAGCUCAGCAUCUUCCUCAAGAAUGUGACAGGUUUCGACAGUGUGGACGAUGAGUCCAAGCACAGCGGUCACAUGUUCUCCACUAAGAGCCCCAAACCAGAAGAGUGGGACAUUGCAAAGAACCCCUCUUACACCUACUACAUUUACUACAUGUAUGCCAACAUCGCUGUGCUCAACCAGCUCCGCAGGCAGAGGGGGAUGAACACAUUCACAUUCAGGCCUCACUGCGGUGAAGCCGGUGCCGUCACCCAUCUGCUGGCUGCCUUCAUGACCGCUGACAACAUCUCUCACGGACUCAACCUCAAGAAGAGUCCUGUGCUGCAGUAUCUGUACUUCAUGGCCCAGAUCCCCAUCGCCAUGUCCCCCCUCAGCAACAACAGCCUGUUCCUGGAAUACGCCAAGAACCCCCUGCUGGAGUUUCACAAGAAGGGCCUGGUGGUCUCUCUGUCCACUGACGACCCCAUGCAGUUCCACUACACUAAGGAACCCCUGAUGGAAGAGUACGCCAUCGCAGCCCAGGUGUUCAAGCUCAGCACCUGCGACAUGUGUGAGAUCUCUAGGAGCAGUGUGCUGCAGAGCGCCUUGUCCCACGAGGAGAAGGUUCACUUCCUGGGUAAGGACUACCUGAAGGAGGGUCCUGAGGGCAACGACAUCCGCAAGACUAACGUGGCCCAGAUCCGUAUGGCGUACCGCUUUGAGACCCUGUGCUACGAGCUUAACCUCAUUAAGGAGGGCUUGAAGGCUGAGUAAAUUCUUUAAAAAUCCAACUCUGAACUCAUCUCUGUUGUGAUUUGUUUUUCAUUGCAUCUCUUAAGAAAAAGUGAAGCUUAAAGAAAUCUACCUUCUAAUGCACUGAUGUUCUGUCCUUUGGAGGAUAACACUUGAAAUGUCUUCACUGCACAUUAACUGCACAAUAUGCAAAUGAGGAAACAUCAUGUAAAGAUUGAAAGGAAAUAAAAUGUGAAACAACA